UUACAGUGUCGCAUUGGACAGAGCCACUUCUCAUCUCUGAGUCUCCGAGUCUUUGCAAGUAUGAUGUGGAUAAUAAUAAUCCCCGCCUUCCUAGGGUCCGCGUGCAGAGCUCGGGAAGGUGGAGGUAAAGGUGUUUGACCCUGACUCCCUGGACCCUGAUCGCUGUGAGAGUUGUUACGGUGCCGAGACGGAAGACAUCAGGUGCUGUAACACCUGUGAGGAUGUGAGGGAGGCCUACCGCCGCCGGGGCUGGGCCUUCAAGAACCCAGACACUAUUGAGCAGUGCCGGCGAGAAGGCUUCAGCCAGAAGAUGCAGGAGCAGAAGAACGAAGGCUGCCAAGUAUACGGCUUCUUAGAAGUCAACAAGGUGGCCGGAAACUUCCACUUUGCUCCCGGGAAGAGCUUCCAGCAGUCCCACGUGCAUGUCCAUGCUGUGGAGAUCCAUGACUUGCAGAGCUUCGGCCUCGACAACAUCAACAUGACCCACCACAUCCGGCACCUGUCAUUCGGGGAGGACUACCCUGGCAUUGUGAACCCCCUGGACCGCACCAACGUCACCGCACCCCAAGCCUCCAUGAUGUUCCAGUACUUCGUGAAGGUGGUACCCACAGUGUACAUGAAGGUAGACGGGGAGGUGCUGAGGACAAAUCAGUUCUCUGUGACCAGACACGAGAAGGUCGCCAAUGGGCUGAUGGGCGACCAGGGGCUUCCCGGAGUCUUCGUGCUGUAUGAGCUGUCGCCCAUGAUGGUGAAGCUGACAGAGAAGCACAGGUCCUUCACGCACUUCCUGACGGGCGUGUGCGCCAUCAUCGGGGGCAUGUUCACAGUGGCUGGACUCAUCGAUUCACUCAUCUACCACUCGGCUCGAGCCAUCCAGAAGAAAAUUGAUCUCGGGAAGACAACGUAGUUGUCUCCUUCCCCUUCUGUUAUUCUCUUCUUCUCGUGUUUCUCUUUGGCCCUGUGGUCAUUCCCAGCCUCUUCCCCACCCCACCCCCACUCAGCGCCAGUCUCAGUGCAGGUUGAUAAAUCUAUUGAUUGUGAUAGUA